GAGGGUCGUGGUACAUUUAAACCCGAUGGCAUCGUGGGAGGAUCAAUUGGGUCCAAAUGGUUCUGUUACUACCAAGUUAUCUCAGUUAGAUGUAAAUGCACCAGAGUUUAUACCUGGUCAGCCAUUUUACUACAAACCUACGGAACUGAUUUCUUGUAAUACGGAAAGUGAACCAUCUACCCAAACCGUAAAAUUCAUUAAUGUGCUUGAUGACGGUAAGUAUUUAAACAUCUUAAAUUAAUGGUAUUUUCAGAAACAGAAGCUGGACCUGAAAAAGAUGAAGACCUCCCCAAAAAUGUACGUACUUUUCUAAUCUCAUACUAGUUUCCUAGACCAUAGCUAUCGCUCCGGACAAAGACACACUUAAUUUGGUAUUUAUUGGACAUGUCGAUGCUGGAAAAUCAACAAUUGGAGGUCACCUACUGUACCUGACAGGUUCGAUGAAUUUUCAUUGUGUAUCCAUAGUUUGUAGAUAUGGUAGACAAAAGAACUCUGGAGAAGUAUGAGCGUGAAGCAAGAGAAAAAAUCGAGAGAGUUGGUAUUUGUCAUGGGCUUUGGAUACAAACCCUGAGGAACGCGAUAAAGGUAAAACGGUUGAAUGUGGUCGAGCCUACUUCGAAACCUCUAAAAAACGAUUUGUCUUAAUUGAUGCUCCUGGUCACAAAUCCUUCGUACCCAACAUGAUAUCAGGUGCAGCAAUUGCCGAUAUCGCCAUACUUGUGAUAUCGGCUAGGCGUGGUGAAUUCGAAACAGGGUUUGACAAAGGCGGACAAACCAGAGAGCACGCUUUGUUAGUGAGAACUACCGGUGUUAAACACUUAAUUGUGUUAGUCAAUAAAAUGGAUGAUCCAACCGUUUUGUGGGAUGAAACUCGUUACAUGGAAUGCAAGGACAAGAUUUUACCAUAUCUAAAGAAGAUAGGGUUUGACAUAAAGAAUGACGUAUAUUGUAUGCCGUGCUCAGGAUAUAAUGGAGCGUUUCUUCGAGAUAUUCCAGACGAAUCAGUAUGCUCGUGGUAUAGAGGUCCUAGUUUACUGGAGCACCUCGAUAAUCUCCCCAGCUUUCCACGGAAUACGGACGGCCCUUUAAGAUUUACCGUCACCGACAGAUACAAAGAAAUGGGUACAUUUGCCUCUGGAAAAGUUGAAUCUGGAUCAGUAUCGAAAGGCCAAACGAUAGUAUUAUUACCCAAUAAAUUGAACGUGGAAGUUAUGCAGGUGUAUAUCGGAGAUGUGGAAGUCAAUUGUGCUUCUGCUGGAGAACAUUGUAAGUUAAAACUGAGGAAUAUUGACGAGGAAGAUAUCAAUCCUGGUUUUUGUUUUUGUUCCCCGAAUAAUUUCUGCCAGGUUUCAAAUCUAUUUGAUGCACAUCUACUGAUUAUGCAGUAUGACUCUAUCAUUUCUUCAGGGUUUAUGGCUGUGCUACAUAUUCACACAUGUAUGAAAGAAGUAUCCAUUCGUAAGAUCAUCUGUCUAUUAGACAAAAAGACUAAUGAAAAAACGAAAAUUUAUCCCAGGUUUAUCAAAGCGGGUGAUGCUGCUAUUGUACGAUUUGAGGUUUUAGGUGGACCGAUUUGUCUAGAAACAUUUCAAAACUUUCCACCACUAGGACGUUUCACUUUACGUGAUAAAGGGGAAACAAUUGCCAUUGGGAAAGUUGUUAAAAUUUUAAACCCUUCUGACCAGUGAAAUGAUGUAUGUUUCGAUCCACAAAAAGUAUUAUUAUCCAAAUUCGUAAAUAUGGUAUUUAUAUUUGAUCUUUUUCACUUGAAUGUGAUUUGAAGUUGUCAAGUCUCCACUUGUACUAAUUUAAGUAUUUUCAGCUCUGGCGUUCGUUUUUUUAUCAGUUUAUUCAAAUCGUAUUAUUUAUGUUAUUAUUGAAAUAGUUUUUUAUUAACUAAGGUAAAAUCUACAGUUUGGAUGAACAAGAUAAAGUUUGGUUGGAAUAAGCCCCAUCGGUGUAUUGAAUGUUUGUCAAUGUGUUGUAUGGAAAACGUUUUUCGAUAAUAAAGUGAAAGGUAAUCAAAUUGUCAAAGUAUCUUAGAAAUUUAUUCAGAUCGUAGAUAGCUAAUUAUUGCUGUUUUUCUGAAGGAUUGGCCAGCUAAAUCCAUCUUCCCAUAUUUUAACUUUGAAUUCCCAGUUCUGUUACUAUUAACUUGCUGCGAAUAAUUGAUUUAAAUGAGUAUUUUGAAGUGAAACUUUUAAUGAGCUGUCUAACUUUAUUUUUGCUAAUUAUAGAGUUAAAGAGUAAUUUCUGUAAUCAGUGGGAAUGUUUCUUGCUGACCGUUUCGGAAAAUCAGAUAUUAGUAAUGAAAGACAGACUUCUUUUCCAUAUAUCUGUCAGUACAUGGUUGAAAUUAGUUGAUUAAUAACCAAAAACCCAAUUAUUAUCACUAGGUUUACCCUACUCCCACUAAGUUGUGAUGAAAUAAUUAACCGUGUCACUUAAUUGCUCAUGAUCAAUUUCGUACAUGGACGUCAGUAUGCUACUAAAAUACACAAUGUCCCCUCAACUUGUUACGUUAUAAAUAUUCCCGAAUACGUCUAUUCAAUCUGUGGGGCAAUAGAAAAGGACUUGUCACUAUUAAUUCCACUAAACGGAAUCGAAUAGGUAAGUACAUAAAUAAUUGCUCAUGGCUUUUGUUGGCCAAAAUGUCAUCAGAUAAAUUUUUUAAGUUCCAAUAUUACAUUGUACUACUGUAUGACUUAUCCUGCUGUGUGGUUUUACCAUAUUAUACGUUAUCUCCGGACAUAUUCAGGAUAAAUGCUCUAAAUCUGAAGAAAAUACAUCGUUAUUUAUCCAAAACAUCAAAUUUAGUACUUAUUUUCACUUGUUGAAAUAUUGCUAGAGUCAGCAGUAUCUAUUAAAACCAUUCACUCCGUACUCAAACCUUGACUAGUAUUUCUCCAAUAAAUAAACGAAACUUUUGUGUCUCCCACAACUUACAGCUACAAGUAGGAUUAUUUAAGUCCAAAUAAAUGAAACACGUGAAUGUUAAUGUUAUGACCUUGAAUCGCUUUUACCCCGUGAUACUUGUUAUGACUUGACCUUGGUCUGUCUAGUCUAAAUUAUGACCUUGACGCGUUAGGCUGAGUGGCUUAACCUUGAGUCUAAUACGCGUGAGUUCGAUCGGGGUAGAGAGAACUAUUCUAAAUCCUGAUUGGUUGGCAAGCUCACAAGUGAAAGAAGACAAGACAGUUGGAACACUAAACUCUGG